CAAGUGUCUAAGGCUUUUGAUAUUUAAAAGGUUACACAAGGAAAGAAAACAUACAUCUUCAAUCUUGUCCAUAUUUUGAGAUCCUUCAAUUCGAUCCUGUUGCGAUGGUUGAUGCGAUCACGGAGUUUGUUGUGGGAAAGAUAGACAACUAUCUCAUCGAAGAAGCAUCAAUGUUAAUGGGAGUCAAAGACGAUCUAGAGGAGCUGAAGACGGAGUUGACAUGCAUCCAAAUUUAUCUCAAGGAUGUUGAAGCUCGUGACAGAGAAGAUGAAAACUCAAAAGAGUGGGCACAACAGGUUUUAGACAUCGCUUAUGGCGUCGAGGAUGUUUUGGACACCUAUUUUCUGAAACUAGAAAAAAGACCACAAAGACUAGGCUUGAUGAGAUUGACCAACAUAAGAGGCGAAAAGAACGAUGCGUACAACAUAGUUGAUGACAUCAGAACCCUGAAACGAAGAAUGUUGGAUCUUACUUGCAAGCGAGAGACGUAUGCCAUAAGAAAUUUUAAUGAGCAUCGAGCAGUAGCGAGUACGCAAAGGGUGAAGGAGCUUCGACGUGCUCGAACAGAUGAUCAGGAAGAGUGUGUAGUUGGUUUUGCAGAUGAUGCUAAGGUUCUUUUGACAAAGCUUCUUGACGAUGAUGGAGAUAACAAGACAUAUAUGAUCUUCAUAUUCGGCAUGGGAGGUCUGGGAAAGACUACUCUUGCAAGAAAACUUUAUAACUCCAGCGACGUGAAGGAAAAAUUUGAAUAUCGCGUAUGGACUAAUGUUUCUCGAGAAUGUAAAACAAGAGAUAUACUUAUGAGAAUCAUAAGAUCUUUGGGAGAAGAAGCAUCUGAAGUAGAGCUUGAAAAGAUGGCGGAGGAGGAGCUAGAAUUUUACCUUCAUGAUAUUCUACAAGAAAAAAGAUAUAUGGUGGUGGUAGAUGAUAUAUGGGAGAGAGAAACAUGGGAGAGCUUGAAGAGAGCGUUACCAUACAAUGAUGAAGGAAGUAGAGUCAUAAUCACUACACGUAUUAGAGCCAUGGCUGAAGGCGCAGACCAGAGAGUCUACGCCCAUUACCUAAGGUUCUUAACGUUUGAAGAAAGCUGGAACCUGUUUGAGCGAAAAGCAUUUAGAGACAUCAAAAAAGUCGAUCAAGAACUGCAGAACAUCGGAAAAGAAAUGGUUCAAAAAUGCGGUGGGUUACAGCUUAGUACAAUCGUUCUUGCCGGGCUAAUGUCUAGGAAGAGGCCAAACGAGUGGAAUGAUGUAUGGGCCAGUUUGUGCAUAAAGGAUGACACCAUUCAUGUCUCCACUUUGUUUGACCUAAGCUUCAAGGAGAUGGGGAACGAGUUGAAACUCUGUUUUCUUUACCUUAGCGUCUUCCCGGAGGACUAUGAGAUCGAUGUAGAGAGAUUCAUACAGUUACUUGUAGCAGAAGGGUUUAUACAAGUUGAUGAAGAAAUGAUGAUGGAAGAUGUGGCUCGGUAUUACAUCGAAGAGUUGAUAGACAGAAGCUUGGUUCAAGUCGUGGAAAGACAGCGAGAGAAACUGAUGUUUUGUAGAGUCCAUGAUCUUAUCAGAGAAUUGGCUAUCAAGAAAGCCAAAGAGCUUAACUUUGUAAAUGUUUACAACGAGCAGCAUUCUUCUACGACUACUUGGAGAAGGGAAGUGGUUCACCAACUUAUGGACAACAACUACUUGUGCGACAGACGAGUGAACAAACAUAUGCGAUCCUUCUUGUUCUUCGGUGAACCGAGGAGGGACAUUACUUAUGUUGAAACCAUUACUUUGAAACUGAAGUUACUUCGAGUGCUUAAUCUUGGAGGACUUCAUUUUAUUUGUCAAGGAUAUAGCCCCUGGAGUUUACCAGAUGUGAUUGGUGGUUUAGUCCACUUAAGGUACCUUGGGAUCGCUGAUACUGUUGUGAAUAAUUUACCAGAUUUCAUCUCCAGUUUACGGUUUCUACAGACACUAGAUGCAUCAGGCAACUGCUUCGAGCAAAUGACUGAUCUAAGUAAGCUCAUAUCACUGAGGCAUGUCACUGGAAGAUUCAUCGGAGAAUUGCUAAUAGGCGACGCAGUGAACCUUCAGACCUUGAGGUCUAUCUCCACCUACAGCUGGAGCAAACUAAAACAUGAGUUACUCAUAAAUCUUCGGGACUUGGAGAUCUACGAGUUCCACAUAUUGAGAGACCAAAGAAGAGUUCCUUUGGACUUAGUUUCCUUAUCCAAACUGAAAAAUCUUCGUAUCUUGAAGAUCGAAGUAUUGAGCUUCAGCUUAUUUUCCGAAGAAACAGUUCGGUUUGAACUCCUUGUAGAGUUGACACUGCAUUGCAGCGUACAAAGACUUCCCAUAGACAUGGAUAUGAUCUUUCCCAGUCUUGAGUCCCUGAAACUUAUAGUAAAUCUCCAAGAAGAUCCAAUGCCUGCUCUACAGAAACUGCAACGUCUAGAAGAUCUGGUCUUGUAUUCUUCUGGCUACCCGGGAGCGAAAAUUUGCAUAAAAGCACAAGGUUUUUUUCGGAUGAGGAAACUUGUAUUGAUCAUGAAAAGAUUAGAUGAGCUGGAGAUCGAAGACGAAGCCAUGCCAAGUUUGAUGGAGCUAAAUCUUGACAAUAAAGGUGGAGCAACGAAGCUGAUGAUUCCGGAUCGAUUGCGAGCAUUUAUUUGAGGCUACUACACAAUAUCUAAAAAAAUAAUGGUGGAGUAACAAAGUUGACGGUUCCAGAUUGAUUGGAAGAGUUUGUUCUAGAGGGUAUAUCAACUUGUUUAAUUAGCAAAAACAGAACUUGGAAAAUUUCAACUUGUUUAAAGAAAGUUUCUUAUGCUAAUUGGAUGUCACA